AGGGCUGCUGGCUAGAGUGAUAUUUUCGAUUCGAGACAAGUCUGCACACUCAUUUACAUGUAUUCAAAUGGUCUGUAGGGUUUGCAAACUGCCCCAACGCCUAUGGUGUUUUAGGCUUAUAAUACAGAAUAUAGAUUUCGUCGUAAGAUUUCUGCAUUGGACUCAAUUUGGAGUCUAAAAGCGUGAGUCUCACGCUAGAUGCGUGAGAUCUGGCAGCCCUGCACCUUGUUGUCGAUGCAACAUUCGACAUCCCUCCCUUUGAACCGGCGACCUUCCGAUCACAGAGUCCUAUCCUGCAGACACGCCGUUGCUCUCCGUUACUUCGAUCCUCUGGGUUUCAGUCCCUUGUUAUGCUGGUUGCGCGACAUGCCUCAUCCUGGGUUUAUGCAGUGCCGUUGUAAACGCCACGUUACUACAACCCAGUAGCAGCUGUACGUGUGUAAUAAACAUUAGAACAUUAGCGUAUUUGCUUCCCAUAGCCACGAACUGUCAUUGAUUGCGUGAUUCUGGCUCAGUGUAUAGCCCAUGGAUUGAGCCCAGCCCUUCCCUCCUCCCUUUGUUAUAUUGACAUUUUCUUAAAACAUACAUUUCCUUUUGUUUUCACCUGGCAGUCUGUUUUCCAGCUGUCAUUUAACAUAUAUUGUCAUGAUCGGCAUCAUCGGAGGGUCUGGCCUUGACGACCCCGACAUUCUAGAAGGACGGACCGAGAAGUAUGUGGACACGCCUUUUGGGAAGCCUUCAGAUGUGCUCAUAUUGGGGAAGAUUAAAAACAUCGAAUGUGUACUGCUGGCAAGGCAUGGCAGGCAGCAUACGAUAAUGCCUUCCAGCGUGAACUACAGAGCCAAUAUCUGGGCACUGAAAGAGGAGGGCUGCACUCAUCUUUUGGUCACUACCGCCUGUGGCUCCCUCCGGGAGGAGAUCCAGCCUGGUGACAUUGUCUUGGUCGACCAGUUUAUCGACAGAACCACGAAAAGGAUUCAGACCUUCUAUGAUGGAAGCCCCGCAAGCCCCCCCGGAGUGUGCCACAUUCCUUUGGCUGUCCCCUUCUGCAGUAGGACCAGGCAGGUCCUGCUGGAGGUGGCACGGGACCUGGGGGUGAAGUGUCACCCCCGAGGGACUGUGGUGUCCAUCGAGGGGCCCCGCUUCUCCUCCCGUGCCGAGAGCAUGGUGUUCCGCCAGUGGGGUGCCGACGUCAUCAACAUGACCACCGUGCCGGAAGUGGUCCUGGCCAAUGAGGCCGGUCUGUGCUAUGCCAGUAUUGCCAUGGCGACGGACUAUGACUGCUGGAAGGAGCACGAGGAGGCGGUCUGUGUGGACAACGUGCUGAAGACGAUGAAGGAGAACGGGAGCAAAGCCAGUAGCAUCCUGCUCUCCGCCAUCCCCCUCAUAUCUAUGAUGGAAUGGUCCGGGAUUAUUAAAUGCAAGCGGUCCACAGCUGAAGCUUCCAUAAUGCUUCCGAAGCCCUAAGGACGAAUGCGUGGCCUGCAGACCGGCCUGGCCCGACCGUGGCCGCGCGCCGCUUCACCGAUUAGAAAAAGUAUUGCCGUUUUGUCUGCACGUCUGUCUGCUUGCCUCUCAUAUAGACGAGGUCGUUAUUUUUAAGUAUAGCAUUCAUUAGAAGUGUUACGGAGCCCCUGAAGGGAUCUGUGCAAAAAAAUAAGAAUCUCUUAUUUUUGCGUGCGCACGCAAAAGCAAGUCGUGGGUACGAGUUUAUUUGCACAGGUUCCCUCAGGGGCUCCGUAAAAUGUAGUAUUAGAUGCUGCUUUGAUUUUUUAUAUAUAACACGUUAUUGCUUAAAUAAUGCACGGUAACCGCUGUACGGUUAUCUUGGCACUGACAUAGAGGGAACAGUUUAAACGCGUAUUAGCUAGAAUGAGCCGUUUACCCCGUGCUGCUGUCUUAACACUCGAACAAAGUCGGAGAAACGGCUCUUCAUUUUUGUGUUUUUGCCAGGUUUUGAUUGACGGCUCGUAAUUCCAGUUUUACAGUAGAUACUUCCGAGGCACUCCCUUGGUAUUGAGCAUCUGACUUGAAUGUGCAAUAAUAACAAACGCUUUGUACGGUAACUAAUUAUAACGAAUAAAACUCACUUUGCAUAA